GCACGUUUACUCACAGCAACCACAACAAACAACAGCAGAAAAGGCAGCAGCAAAGGCAGCAACGAUGGCAGAUGCGUUCAGUGCUGCGGAUGCGAGUGUGGCGAAGAUGAAGGUGGUGGAGCUGAAGGAGAGCCUGCGCAGCCGCGGGCUUGCGGUGUCUGGACGGAAAGCCGAGCUUGCCGCCCGGUUGAAGGAGGCCAUGCACUCAGAGAUUGAGCAGGAGCAGCAGGAGCAGAAGCAGGGUGGUGAUGAUCAGGAGCAGGAGCAGGAGCAGGAGAGCGCAGCAGCUCCUGAGGCGGAGGAUGCGAACGAACAAGACAAGCAGGGAGAAGAAGAACAUGGUGAAGAUGGUCAGGGAGAAGGUGAAGAUGAAGGUGAAGGUGAAGGCAAAAAGAAGCAGCAAGAAGAUGAUGAAGAAGAGGAUGGCGAGCAAGAAGGUGAAGGUGAAGGCGAAAAGAAGCAGCAAGAAGAAGAGGCUGGUAAACACGAAAAGACGGAGGACGCAGACGCUGGCGAGGCUGCUGGCGAAGACGCGUCCGAAACAACCAAGGGCAUGGACGAUGGCGCUGACACUUCCUGGCCCAGCAGCAAGCCUGCUUCAACAAAGAAGCCAUCCAGUUCGCGGCGUGCACGCUGGCGCACCAGCUCAGAGCACUCACGGCCCUCUGCCUCAGACGAUAUCCUUGACGACACUGUCCUACAGGACAUGUUGGGCACGGAGCCCGAGGAGGUGCCAACGAAGACGUCUGCGAUGGAAACCGCUGCCGAUGCGAGUGGCGCAGCAACAGCGGCAGAUGACAGCAGCGCACAACUGCAGGAGGAGGAUAAGCAGGAGGAGGAGAAGGACAUUGGUGACACGGACAACGACUACCGUGUUGUCCAUGUGCAGAACCUGAAACGCCCCUACACCCGCCUGGCUCUUCGCAUGCUCUUGCAGCAGCACGGCACGCUCGCUGAUGGCCAAGAGGUCAUUUCCACAGACUCCAUCCGAUCACAGUGCUACGUGGAGUACACGACACACGAGGGCGCCGUCGCCACCGCUCGCGCCCUCUCUGGUCUUCCCUGGCCGCCCCGUCACGGCCAGCCGCUGAAGGCGACGCUUGUGGCUGAGGAUGCCUUCAAGGCCAAGAAGAAGGAAGAGCAGGAAGAAGAAGGGGAAGGCCAGCAGCGGCAGCAGGAAGCAAAGCCAGCCGUGCUGUUGGAUGACCUCUUCAGGAAAACCAAGGCCCAGCCCGCCAUCUACUGGCUGCCGGCGUCCGAGGAGGAGCAGCAGCGCCGAAAACAACUCCGCAACCAACCUGCCACCACCACCACCACCACCACCGCCACUAUCCAUGGCCGCGGCCGCAGUGGUGGUGACCGUGGUGGCAGCCGUCGUCGUCGUCGUCGUGGCUCAAGCGUGGACACAGACUCUGGCUCUGACUCACGAUCGCGUUCACGAUCACGGUCACGUUCACGUUCACGGUCACCGCUUCAACGCCGUCGCUCCUACUCCCGGUCGCCUGUGCGGCGAAGGUGAAGAGGGGGACGGAGAGGUGGGAGAGGAGGGGGGGGGGCAACCGGGCCGUCAUGGGCGACGUGACAUGUCGGCAACAAGGAUGAUGAUGAUGAUGAUGAUGAUGAU